AUGAGCGCAAAAGGCAAGAGCAAGAGCAAGGGCAAGAGUCGUCCCUCAGGCUUCGAGGAUGGCUUCGCGGAUCCCCCUGUCACUCCGAUGGAGUAUGCCGCCGAAAGGCAGAUCUACGACCCGGCCCGACCUUUUCCUGACCGAAUCGAGGAGUGUAUACAGCGGUACAUGUCGCGUCGCCGCCUCACCAACGAUCGCAGGGCUCUGUUCACCAAGUACCUGGCCCUAGGUGGCGUGGAAAUAGACCAGCGCCAGUUCACUGGCACCGCGAAGCACGCCAAGGAUAUGAGGGAGGACGACGACUACGAUGCCGACAACUUCCGCGAGAUGACGGCCAACGAGGGUCUGUCCCGCGACUGCGACGAGGUUGGAAGGUACUAUAAUCCGUACUUUCCUCAGCACUGGGACGUGGAUUUCGCUGGAAUUGUGGCUGGGUUCCUUAGCGACCCUCUCUCGGUUCGCGACUACAAGCUCGCAGCCGAUACCGUCCUCAACUUCUUGCGAUACAUCCAGCACCACGAUGUCUGCCCCGAGUACGCGGACAACCUCAACCAGGCCCAGAGGAUUGCUGAACUCUCUUUUACGGAGAUCCCCUGCACCGUCGAGGUCAGCGCUGCCAUGCCAGGCGACUUCAACACUGCUUGCCAGGUCCUCUUCUGCUGCGAUAGAAACGCCGGCAGCGACCUUCCAGACUCUACUGACUCCGAGAGCGUGUCCGACGAGAUGGGCGUUUGGGACCAUGAUCCAAGCUGCUGGGAUGCGAGCAUACUUGCCCCCCAGGAUUUUGACGCUGAGCGCAUCUUCAAAGCCACCAUCUCUAUCCUGGAGCCCGGCCUGAUCGACCGCGUCCUCCAGCAUACCUAUGAUCCGAUUCGUGUGGUCAAGACGUACGAGGACGCCUUCGCCGUCAAGGAGAUUAUUCCCCCCGACGAGGAAAUCACCAACAUCUACAGUGGGAUCAAGAGCAAGCUUGGAAAGACCAGCACCGUCGAGCCCGUCGGCCGCGCCGUCCUGAUCCCUUCGAUCAUCGAGGACGGCUGGGACAACCAUCCGACCGUGGCUGACGGACGUCGCGACGAGGGCAAGCCCAUAUCUCUUUACUUCGAGAAUCAGAUACUGGUCUACCUGAAGGAGGGCAUGAAACUGCGCCUGACGAUCUGCCAGCUGAACAUCGGCGGUGGAGGCAACGGCGGCGGCGAUGACGGCAUUCAUUUCGUGAGAGCGUGCUCCGACGUCCUGCCCAGCUUCCAUACCUUCCUGCCGCAGUCGCUCAUGUUGAAAUACAAGAAGCCCCGGCUCAGCGACCGACCGCCACCGUCGGUGGACGAUCCCGAUGCAGAGGAUCGCAUCUUCCUCGAAGAGGCCGAGGCAGACGCCAAGGAUGCCGAGAAGGCCGAGCGGCAGGCGGACUCCCAGCUGGACCGCGAGAUGAAGGAGCAAGAGCAGGCCGAGGCGCUGUUAAAGGUCAUGGAGAGGGUGAAGGUGGAGGAGUAA